AUGGCGGACUGCUGUGAAGUGUACCAUGAAGAACCUCCCAAGCAGCCGAAGAAGAAGGAAAAGCCGCGAGACGAAGAGGAGAAGCGGCCAAGAGAGACCAAGAAGGUGGAUCAGGGGCGGAUCAAUGCACUCCAGAUGCUCGAGACCAUCCCCGCAGGAGAUGGGUCACGUGCCGGCGAGCUCUUUGCGAUCUUGGAGCAGUAUGCAGGCGACCGGGAGAUGGGGCGCUCCUGCGCCAAGGCAGCUGAGCGGAUGGCGGUGUCGGAGAAUGGGCUGGAUCAGCUGGCGGCAGUCGGAGCGCUACAGGGCUUGGUGAAAAUGUGGCAAGCCCAUGGCAACGACACCUCGGUGUCCGUUCACAUGAACCAGGUCAUGGCACGUUUUUGGGAGCGCGCCUCCAGUGAUGAUCAGUGGAUUUGCUUACCUGCCCAGUUGGCCGUUGGCAAGGCCCUGAUCACUUCCGGCCAAAGCGAAUGGCUGGCUGAAGCUCAUCGUGCUGCAGUGUCCAUGCAUGAGAAAGGCCACAAAACUGCAGCCAUGGAGCUCUACCGCUUGUGCAUUGAUGAGCUUGAAAAGACCCAUGGUCCAGAAAACCAAUGCGCUUUGCAAGCUCAAAACAACUUGGCAGUUCUUUUGGAGGAAUGUCAGCAGUUUCAUGAGGCAGAGAAGCUGCACACAGAGGUUUGCAAGAAGAUGGAAGCGCAGUUUGGUGCGGAACAUGGAGACGUGACGUCAUCCAAGUUCAACCUGGCUGCAUUGAAGGCCAAGAUGGGGAGCUUAGAGGAGAGCGAGAAGAUCUACCGUCAGGUCUUGGAAGUUCGUGAGCGAACCCUGGGGCCGCAGCAUUCCAACACCUUGCGCGCCAAGUCCAAUCUCGCGGAGAUCUUACGACGUCAAGAACGAUUGGAGGAUGCGGAGCAAAUGCUGAAGAACUUGGUUGACCAGGCGCACGUCUCCUUCGGAAGGGAUGACCCCACCACCCUGAAAGCACGAUGCCAGCUGGCGCACAUUUUGGCGGUGCAAGGGGACGAGACCCGACAUCGACAAGCAGAAGCUCACCUGCGUGAGGUGGUGUCACGUCGUGAGCAGAAGCUGGGUCCCAGCCAUCCGGAGACCUUGACCGCUCUGGGCCGUUUGGCCUUCCUGUUGGAGUGCAGCAACCCUCGUGAGGCAGAGCAGUUGAACGAGCAGAUCUGGCAGCGCUUGGAUUCCCUGGCGCCUGCCGAGCGCCGCCGCGGCCGCAGUCGCGCGGGCGGCUUCCUACUGGGCCUGGCGGAGUUGGGCGAGCCCGAGCGCGAAGAGGCCUUGGUGCGUCAGGUCGCCGAGCGACGCUCCAGCACCUUGGGCGCGACCCAUCCGGACACCUUGUCCGCCCGCGCGGAGUUGGCAUCGAUUUUGGGCCGGAAGGAGCUUCCGGAGGCACAGGCAGAGUCCUUGGCCUUGCGGCGAGAGGUGGCCAACUUGAGUGAGACCUGCUUAGGGGCUGAGCAUGUGGAGACCUUGGCAGCAAAGGCCGCCCUGGCAGGGGCCAUUUUGAGGUCCCUGGGCCCGGAGGCCAACCUUGCCGAUGUGAAGACGGCACGAGCAGAGGCGGAAGAACUUCAUCUCAAGGCGACGGCGCGUUUCAAAGCCGCUCAAACGCCGAUGCCGAGCCCGACAAUCCCCUCCUUCGCUGGAUAUGCGCCAGGGAGCAGUAAGAUAGCCGUGCCUGGGCUGCCUUUCGUGAACUUGGUACUGGUACUCUUCGGGUCCUCGGGUUCUUGGCCAAGCCAUAUAAUUUCUAAAUGA